AUGGCAGAUUCGUCGACCCCGACUCCGCCCCCCGCCGCCGCGGCGCAACAGCAGCAGGUCAAGACGGGAAGUCCAAACGACUUUCUCAAAGGCGUGAUUGGAAAGCAAGUCAACGUCCGACUCAACUCGGGCAUCGACUAUAGGGGCACGCUAUCCUGCCUGGACGGAUACAUGAACAUCGCCCUCGAACAGACGUGCGAGUACGUCGACGGCGUCAUGAAGAACAACUACGGCGACGCCUUUAUCCGUGGCAACAAUGUCAUGUACAUCACCGCAUUGGAGUGA